AUCGUUGCGCCUUCAAACGAGGCCUUCAAAAACAUCCCCUAUACCGCCCUCAAUGGCAUCUGGGAUCCAGAUGACAAGGCCACCACCGUGCCGCUCCUGCAAUACCACGUCCUUCUAGGAACAGUCGCAACCGCUGGUCUCGACACGGGCCCAACAUAUGUCCGGUCCACGCUCCUCACCAGCCCUCGCUACACCAACGUGACGUUUGGCCAGAACGUCCUCAUCGCCAAGCAGCCCGGCGACACCGUCGUCUUCACCACCAGCAUGGGCACCCGCUGCACGCUGCAGGAGGGCGACAUCACCUUCCAGGGCGGCCUCGUCCAGGUGGUGGACAACCUCCUCAUCCCCCCUGCCCGCAUUGAGAACACUACCAAGGCGUUCAACGUGCCCAACUUCCUGGGCGGUCUCUACGCGAGCAAGCUCAUGCCCAAGAUCUCGGACGAGCAGAACAUCACCGUCUUCGCCCCCGUAGACAGCGCCUUUGCCGCCGUCGGCGGCUCGCUCAAGCACCUCGACGCGAAGUCUCUCGCCCGCGUCAUGGGCUACCACGUCAUCCCCAACCAGGUGCUCGUCUCGUCCGCCCUGACCAACGGCACGCGCUUCGAGACGCUGGCCAAGAACGCCGCCGGCAACGCCCCGGAGUCCAUCACCAUCCGCCAGGCCGGCAACAACAAGUUUGUCGACUCGGCGCAGAUUGUGCAGCCCGACAUUCUGCUCGCCAACGGCAUCAUGCACCUCAUCUCCAACGUGCUGAACCCCGAUGCCGAUGCCGCGCUGCCGAAUCCCACCGCGCCCACGCAGGCGCCCGUGUUCCCCGUGAGCACGGCGAGGAACCCGUUCACUUCGGCGCUGCCGUGCACGGUUUCUUGCCCGGUCCCUACGACGGCGUACAACACUACCUCUGAGCCGACCGCUACGAGCACGACGAGCGUCUUCACGAGUAAGAGCAAGGGCGCUGCUGGAGCUUUGGCUACGGCGAAUAUUCACGCUGCCGGGGCGGCGCUUGGUUUGCUUGGCGCGGGCAUGUUGUUGUGA